UUCGUCUUCCGCAGAAGUACUCCUUUGUGCUGGAUUUCGACACACCGAUCGUCACAAUGUCAUGGCUACCUCUCGGCGGGGCUCUCGUCCUGCUCAUGAUCGACUCUGCAAUUGAACUGGCACUCAUAAGUAGCAUGGUUGGGUAUUUACAUCGAUCUGGCGCAAACAAAUAUCCAUUCCUCUCAGAUACCGGAGCAGUUGCAUUCAUAGGCCCCAAACCAAAGGGUCUCCUGUUGAACGAGGGCCAUACAAGCAACGGGGCUUCCGGUACCGCCCUAAUACUGGUUUGCUUUUGCGGCUUUCUGGUUUUAUGGAAUGAACGACGGCGAGAACGAAGGAGCCGGACUCGAAAACCUUCCGGGCUAUUCAUUACCUGGACGGUCUUCACUGUCUUAUCAUGGCUUUUGACACUCUCUGCGAUGGCCUACACUUUUGCUGUCACAAACCAAACGAAAGGUCAGAAGAUCGACAAGGCUGUUGCGGUUCAAUUCCAAGGGGAGGCUUACCCACUUCAGAAGUGGACGCCGGAGAAUUGGCACAAAGCUCUUCUCGCGCUGCCAAUAACCAGCGACAAGGAUGCCAAAUAUCUGCACCAUUGGCUGAGAGUUAUUGAAGGAUGGAAGUGGAAUUUGAUACCUAUGUUUUUCAUUGGGUUGUUGGUAGCUGCGCUGAGCGUCAGGAUGUGCCUGCAGGAUCGAAUUCAAAGGAGGAUGACGAAGGCAUAAUAAUUUGAUUUGCGUCAGAGGGGUGGAAGUUUGGAGUUCAAAAGUUGUCAGCUAAUUGCAAAUCACGUACCCGGAAACUUAAAAAUAGUCAUUGCUUAUUUAUCACUGCUGUGGUCUGGUGAUCACUUUCUCGUGGCAAUAUGAGCAGGUCAGCUUAUCUGUUGUGACUUGUCUGUCAGCAGGAGGGGGCUUAGUUACUUAAUGACAUUUGAGGAACCCUCAAUUGGCUUUCCUUUUAUGCAUGCGU